AUGGAAUAAGAAAUAAUAGACUGGGCAAAUACAUUUGAAAACACAAAGAGUAUUGAUGAUCUAAAAACAGGUGUUGCAUUGUGUUAGAUAAUAUCGAAAGAAUUAUUUUAAGACAAAAGAUAAUGUGAAUUAAAGAUAAGAGUAAUAAAUUGCACCAAACAGGACUACUAAAGUUGUAUAAGGAAUUUAACAUUUGCAUUGUCUUUGUUAGAGGAAAGCCAAUAGAUAUCAGUGAAGCAUUUAACUGGAUAAAUGCUAUACCAAAAUCCAUUAAAGAUUUUUUAGAUUCUCCAAUAAUUUUAUAGGUCGAAAUCUGUAUCAUCAGCCUCAUCAAAACCACCAAAAGCACCUCAAAAAUAAGACGAUCCGUUAUUCUAUGUUGAUGAAAACUUAGUAUAACCAAAUUAAUCAAUCCAGAUCACUUCUAAUGAAGAAAUCGUUGCAAACAAAUACAAAAUGAUUAAACCCAAUAGCCCUUAUUAGGAGAUUAACAACUAUCAAUAAAGAUCAUAAACACAUUAAACAGAAUAUGCGGAAACUUCAAAUCGAUCCAAACCAUAAAAUUAAUCAAGUGAUUCAAUUAGCAAUUUGACACCAAUUAAAUCUAAUAACAAAGAGUCAUACAAUUAGAAAUUAAAGCAGGAACUAUAAGUUUUAGAGAAUCAAAUAGUAAAAGAAUAAUAGAAUCUCUAAUAAAAAAAAAUUAGAGAUAACAAGUCUAAACAUAGUUAGGAAAGCUUAAGUUAACAUGAAUUAGUAAAUUAAGAUUUCAAUUAAUAAUAAUAAUAAUACUAAUAAUAAUAAUAAUAAUAAUAAUACUAAUAGUAAUAAUAAUAAUAAUAGUAAUAAUAAUAAAAUUCUAUUACUAGUGAAUAGAAAUAAUAAUUAAUCGAUUGGCUUAAAUAAAUACGAUUAAUUAAAUCAAAUGCAUAAGGAUUGGAAAAUAAAUUACCAAAAAUCUGUAAAAAUGGAGUCAUUUUUUUUGAUUUAAUUAAUAGACUGACUGGCAGAGAUGAGGUUUUAAAAGGAGCUUUAAGAAAUCCAAAAAGUGUUAGAGAAAUCAGACAUAAUUAUAGACGAGUUCUUGAGUAUUUAAAAUAACUUGAAAGAAUGAGCUACAAAUACUUAAAUUCAGAAUAAUAAUUGGUUGAUGGAGAUGAGGAAGCCUUUUGGGGUUUAAUGCAUGAUAUAAAAGUGUAUUAUGCUAAUUGUGGAAAUGUAGCUAUUGCAAAUCAUUCUUAAUCUGUUGAUACCUCAUUGAGAUAGACUUAAAAAUAAUAACCAGUUUAAUAAAAUACGUAAUCAUUUUAAUAGCAUUCUUAAUCUAAAUUACAAUAACAAAUCACACUUUCUUAGAAAAAGCAGUAGCAUAAACAUUCCUUUGUAGAUACUUAAUUAGAAAUCACAAUAGAUUAGCCUCAAUAGUCAAAAUCUGUAAAGCCUAGCACUGCAAACAGAUCACCCGUGGGUCCCUAUUCAAGAAUCCAUAAUAUGAAAUAAGAAUAUGAUAGUGUCAAUAGAUCUUUGAAUUCUCUAAUGAAAAAAUCAAAUAUUGGCUCUUAAAAUGGCACUCCUGUUAAUUAGUCUCUGUAGCAUUCUAGAAAUUUCAGCAGCUCAAAAUAAUAAAAAGCCAGAUCUACAUCAAUGAGCAAAAAUUGUGUGACUAGAGAGAUGGAAUUGUAUGUUUAAACUUAUUUUAAAUAAAAAGGUCUUUAUAAUAAUGAUAAUCUGUUUACAGAUCCUAUUCGCAAUGGAAAUUAUUUACUAUAAUUAUUAGAAUAGCCAAUUACUCAUAAUAACUUUAAGUCUAUUUUAGAAGUUGAAUUCAAUGUGGAUACUGCCUUAUAAGCAACAAAAGCCAUAGUCGAUGCUGGAAAUUUACCAGCAUGGAUUGGAAAACUAAAUAAAUCAAGCGUAAUGUAGUUAGAUAAAUCAGCUAUGGGUUUAUAUUGGUGGCUAUUAAAAUAAUAAACCAAAAAGAUAGAACCAAUUACUAAUUCCUUUACACUGCCCUACAGAUAAGAAGAGAUAGACUAAUUAAAACUGAUGACCCUUCACUUUGCUCGAGAAUACACAUCUACAAUAUAAAAUUUUAAUGAUUUAAUUUUCUAAUGUUAAACUGGAAUUUUGUUAUGUUAAGUUGAAACCGAAGUAUUUCAAUAGAAAAUUACUCCUAUUUAUACUAAACCAAUUGGAGAAAAACAAUGCAUUGCAAAUAUUAGAAAGGCUUUGGAUUAUUUAAAAGGAAAACCAGUAGGGCAAAGAUUUGUUUGGUCUGAAAAAUUAAUAUAUGAAGGAGAUUAACUAAUAAUUCUGGGUUUGUUUGAGGACUUAAGGAGAUACUUUGAUGGCCUGCCUCAAAGGCAAGGGGAUUCAUAUUUUGAAGAUGGCCCUUACCUAAAAAAAUCUAUUGUUUAAAGCAAGGGAGGCUCUAAAAUAGGAAAUUUAAUUUAGUAAGAGCCUUUUUCUCUCAUUUAAAAAGAAAGUAGCUUUACUUAACCAUAAUAAGUAAACAAAAAAUUAAUUUUUGAUGAUCCUCCCUAAUUCGAAUGGCUCAAUAACUUUGGUUACAAAAUCAAUUGGAAUAAUGAGAUUUUAGAAGAAUUCAAGGAUGGUUUAAUCAUUUGCUUCAUAGUAUAAAAACUUGAAAACAUCUAAUUUAAAGGAUUAUAACCUAAACCGAAUACUAAUGCAGGUUGUUUGGUAAAUAUAAGAAAGGCUUUCAGUGUUUUGAAAGACAAAUUAGAUAUGCCUUUGGAACUUGUUAUAGAGUAAGAAAAGUUGCUAAAAGGAGAUAAAGAAUAUAUAAUAAAACUACUCACUGCUUUCAAAAAUAUUUACAAAAACAAAUUAAAAAGUAAAUGA